GAACUGGAAUUGCUAAGUUUUCCACCCAAUGAUCUGCAAAUUCACGUGGUUGUUGGCCACGGUGUGGAGCUUGGGCGCCAAGCCCAGGUUAUAAGAGAAUUGUGCCAGUGUAAGUGGAUUCAAGUUGUCCACACAGACGCAGAGGAGCUUGCAAUGUUUAAGUCCUCUCAAAAUACCGUUUCAUCAGGAGAGAAAAAGCACAAAACAGAGGAGGAACUUUGUAAACUGGCCGACUUCGUUGUUGGCGUUGAGCCUAAGUUAUACGAGUCCUUUCGCAGAUGUCUUCGUGGUUGUAAGAAAGACAGCGCUAUUCUUGAGUUCACCCCUGGUGUUUUUGACGAAUUUGAGAAUAUCAAACACGUUGAAAGAGAUUUGAAAACGUGCAGCAUUCUAUUGUUUGAUCGAGGAUUUAUUAAUGAAUUUGAGUUGAAGGGUCUUGACAUUGCAGGCAGUGCUGUUGCUGAGAUUAAAGACGCCCGUCUCAUUUUUGUCGGCGCUCCAAAGGGAAAAGAAGACGACAUAGCACAAAGUUUUCUGAGGUGCAAUUUACCUGCUAGUCGCCUCACUGUAAGAGGCCUUGUGCAAGAACGAGAAAGCGUGAAGCGGUUGUUUUGCGAAGUCGAUCUUCUACUCAUGCCAUCCAGAACAGAAGGAUUUGGCCUAACAGGUCUAGAAGCUUUAUCAGCGGGUGUCCCUAUUCUAGUUAGUAAGAACUCUGGAUUUGGGAAAGCCCUGAGUAAAGUACCGUUUGGUGCCUCUUGCGUCGUUGAUUCAGAAGACUCCAAGGUAUGGGCAGAAGAGAUCGAGAAAGUAUGGAGGAAAGAAAGAAAAAACCGACUUUCGGAGGCUAAAGGCCCACUUACCUCCUACGACGAGAAAUACAGCUGGUCCACACAAUGUAAAGCUCUUAUUAACAAGAUGACCCACAUUCUGAGCGGUAUGCAGUAA